CCAUAAUAACUAAGAGCCGUCUGAAACCGCUCGACGACGGCAAAGCAACAGCCCCCGACACUUGCGCUCUCAACCUGCGAUAAGUAGGCCUCAAUCGUGCAUUGUUAAUUAAAUUGAUGCAGCUUCAAUCCUCGAGCCGCUUGGGGAUGCGGACCCGGGCGCAGGGUGUCCAGGCGCGACAGGGCCGGGUGUGCGUGGUCCGCGCCCAAGCUGCAGCCCAGACGUCGCAAUACACUCGUGUGCGCCUCAAGACACGAUCUGACUGCGAGCUGGCGGUGAGCUUCUACCCGCGCUUCAAGUACAACGCGGUGGGCGGCGGCGGCUGGGGCACGGUGACGGACUUGGGUGAUGGCAAGCUGCACCUCAACUUCGACACCUCCGUGCUCGUCAUCCCGGACAUGUCGUACCGCACCGCCACGCUCAUGGGUCUGCUGCCCAUGCCGCCGCCGCUCAACAUUGCCAUCAAGCCGGUGUCCCUGGAGGGCAUCCUGGACCAGAACACGGGGGAGGUCAACCUGAACUUUGAGUCCGACUUCUAUUUCACGGCGGGGCCACUGCCGUACCAGCCGCCCGGGCUGAAGAUCCGCACGGUGCUGACCACGGAGACCACCAAGGGCGCGCACCUGACGGCGGCGGGGCGGCGCAUGGUGAGCAACAGCGGCGUGCUGGUGGGCACCGCCACCGUCGACCGCGUGGGCGACCUCUUCCUGGACAACUUCCUGCAGCUGCCCAACGACGCACUCGCGGUCAUGGCCUGCGAAUUCAUGUUCGAGUGAAAGGAGGCGCAGCAGGGCCGGUGGAAUGCGCUGUGCGACCUGUGCUGUUCCGGCAUGCACAGCAAGCAGUGCGCUGAUGAACGCACUGCGUCCGGCUCUUGUUAUUCGCCCGGAGGCGAGGGCAGCAGCAGCGGCAAUGACGCAGGGCUACCAGGCGAGCGGAUAGAGGGGGCCCGUGCGUCAGUAGGAGGUGGUGUGAGGUAGGGAUUGCGGGCUGAUGGAUGAGAGUGAGUGGCGUGCGGAGAGACAAGGCGCGAGAGUGAGAGAGGAAGCGAGGCAAGAUGCGCAAGCACGUGUGGCGGGAUGUAGCUGGAUGCUGGGAGCGGCGCUUGCCCACGUGAGCUGUCCCCUGCUGGGAUGGAGGUCGGUGUAAACUCGUACUGCCUUUGAAGGUUAUGGAACAUUUCAUUUUGCGGUGUGGUUAUUGGUGUAGGGCAAGGGGCGGUGUGUUGAACUCUAUGUGUCUUGACAAAUCCUGGGGGCUGGGGCCCCAACUCAGGCCCGGCUCUCAUGCUCCUAGACUUUUACGCAUCAAUAAGGUUACAAGGCCUUGUGGAGUUGUGGGCUUGUGGCCGGGGGGCGGGGGGUCAUGCGGGAUAGGGCGCAUCCGCUUGUGAAGCUAAGCGCCGCUCUGCGCCUUUCCCUUCUCACACCGCAAUCCCCAUGGUGUGUCUUCAAGUCUCCGCCCUUUUGGCUGGAGUCACGUUUAAAGUCACGCUCCCG